AUCUUAGAUAUGGCUAUAAGAUUCAUACUUUUCACCAUUGCUAUGGUGGCUUUAGCAUCUUCAUUUGCCCAUGCAUCGGAUCCUAGCCCUUUGCAAGACUUCUGUGUUGCAGUUAAUGAUUCUAUGGCUGCCGUGUUCGUGAAUGGGAAAAUAUGCAAGAAUCCUAUGCAAGUUGUAGCUAAUGAUUUCCUCUUUAGAGGUUUAAACAUGCCUGGAAACACAUCAAAUCCACUUGGAUCAAAGGUCACACCUGUAAAUGUCAACAACUUACCCGGACUUAACACACUCGGCAUCUCACUAGCCCGUAUCGACUUUGCACCAAACGGUCUCAACCCACCUCACACACAUCCUCGAGCAACUGAGGUUUUAUUUCUUUUGGAAGGCACACUCUAUGUGGGAUUUGUCCUGUCAAAUCCUCCCCCCGGCAUGAAGAACCCACUCUUCACCAAAACAUUGGUGGCAGGUGACGUAUUUGUCUUCCCAGAGGGCCUCAUUCAUUUCCAGUUCAAUGUUGGGAAGAGUAAUGCAGUUGCAUUUGCUGGACUAAGUAGUCAAAAUCCUGGAGUUAUCACUAUUGCAAAUGCCGUUUUUGGUUCAAACCCACCAAUCAAUCCUCAAGUUCUCACUAAAGCAUUCCAAGUUGGGCAAAAUGUGAUUAACUAUCUCCAAGCUCAAUUUUGGUAUAACAACAGCUAGGGGAUCGGAGGAAGCUAAUUAAUGAUUAUCCUUCAUGGGUAUAUUGUGUUUAAAAAAAUGCCGUAUAUGUGGCACAUAUUAUAUUUGUUUUGAUUAUUGAAGUUGCAUUUUAUGUAGUACUAGUAUAUGUUCUGUGUUGAAUGUUGUUGAAUAACAUAAUGAAUUUGUUACUUUCGUUGUUAUUA